UUGUCAUUUGUUUACGUGAACUUAAUGUCGUGAAGUGAUUAAUCAAUGAUCCAAAAUUCCAAAACAAAAAUCUUAAUCUAAAAUAAAUAAUUAAGUCACAAUAAUAAAUUUAAAUAAAAUUUAAAAUAACUAUGUAUUAUUGAUAUAUCUACUUUAAUUUUCUAGAGAUCUAUCGAUUAAUUAUUUGUGUAAAUAUUUGAUUUAGUUUUCAUUCAAACAACAGAAACAGCCAUGAGUGAACGACCGAUGCCUUUGAAGGCAAUAAACAAGUUCUUUGAAGGGAAAGAGCCAUGGCAGAUUGUGACCAUAACUGCCUCUUCAGUUCUGGCGAUAGUAUGGACUCACAGCUUAUAUAAUGCAAGGGAAAGUGUCCCGUCACGGUUACGGAAGGAGUUCUUCAGAUGGCUCAGACAAGUCCCCUUCGUUCGAAGGAAAAUCGAGCAAAAAAUGGCGGAAAUAAAGAAGGACUUCAAGAGAGACGUCGCAAAGCGUCUCUCAGGCAUGACAAUUUACAGACAACUGCCUGAGAACGGGUUCACAGAAGAACAAGUGGCAGAGGAAGUCAGACAACAUCUUGUUUUGGGUUCAUACGACUGGAAAGCCGGCAACGUGUCCGGCGCCGUGUACCACGUGAACGAGGACAUCAGUCGCGUGGCGUGCGCCGCGUACGCGCUCACCGCGUACACCAACCCGCUGCACGCGGACGUGUUCCCCGGCGUCAACAAGAUGGAGGCGGAGGUCGUGCGGAUGACGAUCGACUUGUUCAAUGGUGACGAGGAGUGUUGUGGCACGGUGACCACAGGGGGAACAGAGUCCAUAAUGAUGGCGUGCAAAGCAUUCCGGGAUCUCGCAUACAGUAAAGGCAUCACCAACCCUCAGAUGGUGUUGCCAUCCACCGCGCAUACAGCCUUCGACAAGGCGGCGCAGUAUUUGGGCAUUGGCAUAGUGACAGUGCCAGUAUCUACUGAGACGUACACAGUUGACUUGGAUGCAGUAAAACGGGCGAUAGGCAGAAGGACGUGCAUGAUAGUGGGUUCAGCGCCCAACUUCCCGUACGGUACGAUGGACGACAUCAAGGCGCUGUCCGACAUAGCGCUAGAGUACGGGGUCCCUCUGCAUGUUGACGCGUGUCUGGGUGGUUUCGUGGCCGCCUUCAUGCCGCGCGCUGGUCACCCCAUACCGCUGUUCGACUUCCGACUGCCUGGUGUUGCCAGCAUAUCCGCUGACACGCACAAGUACGGCUACGCGCCGAAGGGCACGUCAGUGAUCGUGUACCGCAAGCCGCAGUUCCGGCACUGCCAGUACACCGUCAGCACCGAGUGGCCCGGCGGCGUGUACGGCUCGCCCACUGUCAACGGCAGUCGCGCGGGCGGGCUGAUCGCGGCGUGCUGGGCCACCAUGAUGUUCGUGGGCAUGGAGCGGUACGUGCGCAUGACUGGCGAGGUGGUCACCACCGCCAGAUACAUCGAGGCCGCGGUGCGCAAGACAGAGGGGUUAUUCGUGUUCGGGCAGCCGGCGACGACGGUGGUGGCGUUCGGCUCGCAGCGCUUCGACAUCUUCAAGCUCGCCGACGAGCUGCACAAGAAAGGCUGGAGCGUGAACGCUCUGCAGUUCCCGUCGGGGGUGCACAUUGCGGUGACGCACGCGCACACGCAGCCCGGCGUCGCCGACCGGUUCAUCGCAGACGUGCAGAGCGCGACGAAGGUUUGCCUGCAGGAGGGAUCCGAGCCGGUUCAAGGGAAGAUGGCUAUCUACGGUGUCGCGCAAAGUAUACCAGACCGCAGUCUAGUCUCCGAUAUCACGAAGUACUUCAUAGACUCCAUGUACUACCUGCCCAAGCCGGAGGACAGCGAACUGUAGGCCUUCGACUAGUGGACACCUGUGACUCUGUCUGCGUAUACUUUCUGAUUUUCAUGAUUUCUUGCAGGAUUUAUCCAUACUAACAUUAUAAAGAUUCGUAUUAGAAACGAUCUUCACCCAUGUAUUGGAUGAAAAGUGAUGUAUAUCAAUGGAAUGUCCCAAUUUUGUAUGGAGGCUGGGCCUUUAACAAGUAAAGAACAAAUUAUUUUUAUCAUAAAAGAACAUAAAAUAUAGGGCAUUUUCUUAUUAAUGAAAUAAAAUGUAUUUUUUUCAUUAGCUGACAACAUUACUAUCAAUAGAAUUUUUAUCAUCGCGUUCGUUUAAGGAAUUUUUAAAUCAAUAGGCUACUCGCCUGCUGUACAAAACUAAGAAGAUUUUUUUGUAUAGUAGUAGUUUAGACGCCUAGAAACUCUAAUCACAUUUUUAUUUGUGAAAAUAAUCUCGUAUUUGUAAUAUUUUUAUAAAACAAAAUUGUAUUUUUAUCACGUCACCGCAAACGCCAUUCAUAAACUGUAACGUCAUUCGCUACAAGGCAUCGGUUUGUGAUUGGCGCUUGCGGUGACGUGAUAUAAUCACAUCACUGCAAACGCCAUCAACUGGCUCUUAAAAAAUAAAUAAACAAUGUCUGCUACGAGUAAAUAACGUAAUGGAUUUAAUUACUUUUAUUGGCAGAUUUUUAUUCCGAAGUUCAACAGUAAAAAUGUUUUAAUAAAUAACAAUUAUUUAAAAAUUGGAUAUUUUUAGUACAUUUACAUUUUCCGCAAAAUUUUGAGUUAGGACUGGGUCAGGAUUUGGCAUUCUCCUUUGAUGUUAAAUACUUUUGAUCCAAUAAACACAUGUGUGAAGAUUCUCUUUACUGGUCACAUUUUAACACCUCAGACUAACACACAAACGCGUCUUUCUUUACCUUACUACUAUACCAAAAUCAAACUUUCUUCCAAAAAUAUAACUUGUUUUCUGAUGCUUUUAUGUACUAUAGGUAUAUUUUAUUUGCCUUAUUGUUGGACUAUUGUUUAUUUGGAGAAUAAAAUAUAUAAUCUAUAUAAGAUUAUGUAAUUAAAUAUGUAACUUCCCAGUCUAGUCGACUGUAAAUUUGUGAUUUAUAUAAAUUUUUGUGGGUAUUUUAAAGUUUUAUAAAUUUGUUAAGUAUAUGUAAGAUUUUGAAAAAUUUACGCAUCAAACACGUACAAGUGUAGGUACAUAAUUUUAUUAAACAUUCCGCCAUUGACCUCUUAUAAUAAAAGGACGCACAAUCAUAUAAAAUUCACUUAAAAUACUGGCCAAUUUUGCUUUGACAGUUUUAUUGGUAAAGAAAAUUAAACAUCCCAAAUUCAGAGCAAAUUCAACCUUGAAUAUGGAGUUUAAGGUUGAAUUUGCAAAUUCGACUACUUAAAUUGAGUGCCAAGAAGUUGUGUUGGGCACUGAUUGAUCGGGGAUGUUUUUUGGUCGCUGAUUAUGCAUCCACUUUUUAAUAGGAGAUCGAUGCAUUUCGCUCAAACAUGUCAACGUACAAAUACAAAUAAAUACAAAAUACAAAUACAAAAAUCUUUAAUGGUUUUUAUACAAGUACUUUAAUACAAGUUUUUAUAAAUUAUAAAUUGCAUUGUUGAAACCUUCUUUUGGGCAUAAUGGUGCCUGUGACAGAAGGCCUUACUCUUCCAUAGCCAACGUACAAUUAUACUCUAAACGUUUCCUUGAAAUGACGUUUUUUAUCAGGUUAGUUUUAUGUGUUAUUGAUAGCAUAAUAUCUUGUAUUUAUUUAUACGACCAAACGCUGUAUUAUAAGGCUUUUUUUUUGUUAUAGACUUAGACUUUCCGUCUCGAAAUGGUCUCGAAGGCCCUAUCAGUAGGCCGUAAAUGACCCACGAUCUCAGACUAGUUACAUAAGGACCUGUCUCGCAAAACGUUAUUUUUCUCUCAAAGUAUAUGAUCAACGAUCCAAUGCGAUUAUAAAAACUGUCUCUGUAGAAUGGAUGUUUCAUAGUUGUAAUCGUGUCCGACGGUGAAAGAGCUCUGUAAAGAUACAUUUUUGUACAGUUAAAUGGUGUAAAAAAUGGUCGAAAACGUUUAGUUUUGUACAAGUAAAUAUAUUAAUUUAAUACCUAAUCUGAGCUCAUUUUCCUCGAAAAAUGACAGACAAUUUUGAUCGUGAAUUUGGUUGCUUUAUGUAAUUAGUCUGAGUCUGAGCCCACGAUAUAAAUCUCUUAAAGAGAAUAAGACAAUUUGUUAGUUGACUCAUAUAAAAUUUAAUAUAAACAAUAAUAAUUUCGUAUAGUACAUGGAAGAACGGUCCGAAAUAUUGAUAUUAAUAAAAGACCAGGAUUUUUAUAAAAAACUUAAUUUAAAAAUAAUGUAUUUCUAAUUUUUUAUUUUUCAUACGUCAAACUAAGGCAUGUCCAAUUUUUUGCUUCUCUCAGUCUUGCUAUAUUAGAUGCUUUAGCGUUUACGGGUUUACGUGACGUCAUGGCACAGAUAAAACAUAGAUCAUCAUGGCCGUUGCCGAGCGUUUUGUCUCGUAUUGUCAAAAAAUAUUUAAAUUUUCUAUGUAUUAUUUGUAUCAAAAAAAAUUAGAUAUUUUUUUUUCAAUCUAGUAGAACGAUAAUCAACAAUAUAAAAAAUUAUUUAAAAAAAAGUAUCAACUAACCUAUUGGGCCGACCAAUAGGCGACUCGGCCGUAAAUGUUGCUCGCUCUAUCGUCCUAUUGCAACUUGCAACUUCGUUCGUAACACUCCCGAUGUUCCGCGCUGGCCGGGGCGCGUGUAGCGAUGAAUGAAGAACCCACGACUGAUGCACGUCACUUCACCGCACGCACGAUUUCACACCCGCCCAGUCUUUUUCCCCGUCGCCCGUAUGAAAAUUAUUUAUUUAUAUGUUUAACUAAUAAUGAUUUUUUAAACAAAUAAUAAUAUUGGAACAGAAUUAUAAUUUAUUGUCAUAAAUAACUAUUGUUACUUGUAAGAUCAGUUCGGCUAAGAUCGUCAGUCGGGUAAGUCCGUCAGUUUAGUAUUUUUAUACUGAGACAAUUUGAUUAGUUGAUAGGUGUUGUAGGUUAAUACAUACUUUAUCACGUAGUGUGAUAAACCUGAUAUAAAUCAUUUUAGAAAUGGCCAAUAAUAUCAUUGAAUGAAAAUUUAAAUAAGCUGUGCCGAUCUAAUUGACUAACUUUAUUAAGAUAAGUAUCCUUAAUUCAAUUUAAUUUUAUUAAAAUAAAUAUAUUGAAUGUUAUAUUAGUAAAACUUAUUUACUGAGUGUCAAGGUAUUUUAAAUAAAAUAAAAUAGAAUCGUGACCAAAUUAAUCAUUUAUUUCUUUAAUUGAACAGUAUUACUUUUAAUUUUAGUGACUCUACCGCCAGUUCGGAAAGUGCAGUCUCUUGUUGAGAAGAACGGCAAGAAACUCAACAAAUGCUCUUUUAAAGUAUUGGUUAAUUACAAUUACAAUAUAUAGGAUAAUAAUUAAUACCUUGAAAUAGAUAAUUCAAUUAAGUCUUAACUUCAAGACAAAUCAAAAUAACAUUAACCAUUAUUACAAUACAAAUAUACAACGACGUAAUUAGGUACUAUAUAAUGUCGUUGCAAAUAUACCUAAUUUCACAUUAGUAAUAUUCGGAUGUUAUAACUUAUCGUUACAACAAUACAACAUAAUAAAAUACAGUUUACAAUAAAGAUAUUAUAUAUAAAAUACUUAGCUUUCAUAAAACAGCCUCAGAAACACAGGAAGACACCAUAACAACAACAAUAAUUAAUAUUUUCUAUCACACCGGCCAAGACGCCAUUUCGUCAUCCAGCCUAAACAUCACAAUCCUUUUCCAAACGCCUAUUGGCUAAUAUUGCUUCUCCAUUUGUUUGCAAUAGACCAAUCACACGCCAUCUGCUCAAACUGACCACAGAUUUACUUGAUACCGCGUAUCCCGACGCUCCGUGUCUAUGCCAGUUAUUCCUCAUUACGUAGAAUCAUUCUUAGUAGUUCCUACCAGUGUUACCAUAUUCCAAUGACUUUUAUAAUGACAACUAUUACUUCUAUUUACUUUUUAAUUACAAUAAUGUCAGAUUUAUAUUCUAAGUUUUACUUUAAAUAAUAUAUGAAGAAUUAUCGAAACAGUAUAAUUAAGAAUAUAAAACACGGAAAUAAUAAUAAUAAAUGUAAAUGACUUAUUAUGUUCUACGUAAUGAUAUUUGAAUUUCAAUUUAAAUAGAACACGUGACGUCAUAUUUGAUCACCUAAACUUUGAAAUUCGUCAUGUAACAUAACUGUUUGUAUUUUCAUUUAAACUUUAUUAUUUAAUACAAAAAUACUAUCUAAAUAUUAAAUAAUAUUUAAUUAACGUAAUAAUUAUCUCAUAGGUCUAAUUUCACAAUGAAUCAUACACAUAUUAUCAAUCAGCUUAUCAGCUCAACUUUCAGCUAUAUUUAUUUUUCACUACUUUAUAAAAUAAUCUAUCACGGCCAGACUGACAAGUACUUCGCUCUCGAAGUACUCUCACUUUUUUAUUUUUUUUUUUCUUUUUCUUUUUCUUUUUCAUUUUUUUUUUUUUUUUAUUUUUUUUUUUUUUUUUUUCAACUCAUUCGUGGAUUAUGAACAUGAAUAAUAUAUAAAAAUAAUGAUGCGAUGAAAAUGAAUGAGAUGAUUGAAAAUGUGUAGUUUUUAUAAUGAACAUGACAUGAAUGAAUCUUUCCUUCGCUCUCGAAGUACUUAUUGUUAGUAACCUCAUUCGUGGACAUGAAUAUAAAAUGAAUAAUGAGAUGCAAAUGAAUAAGGUGAAUGAAACGAAAGUAAAAGUUGUUAGUAAUGGACAUGACGUGAAUGAAUCUUUCCUUCGAUCUCGAAGUACUUAUUGUUAGUAACCUCAUUCGUGGAUUAUGAACCUAACUGAACAAUGAUGAGGUGAAGAUGAAUGAAAUGAGAAAUAAAUAAAAUAAAAUGAGUAGUUAGUAAUGAACAUGAAAUGAAAUGAAACGAUGGACCAUUGCCAUCACACACAUGAUUUUUCAAAACAUCUCCGGCCUUCAACACAGCACCUAUCACCCGCUGCCGGUGAAAUAACAGUGAAGUGUCAGGGCAGAGACACAGCGAUCCGUGAUAUUAUAUUUCAUAUAUAUUUUCAUUUCCGUGACAUUGGCAUUUUCAGUCAUAGUUAUAGUCUCAAUUUAAGUCAUAGUCAUGUCACAUUUAAAUCAAUAUAUUUUGUUUUUGUGUAUGGUCCUUUGUAAACAAAAAUAAUAUUUUUUAUAUGAACAACAAUUAUUCAAGUAAUAACUUCAAAUAUUACAACUGUAGAUAUAAAUUUUUGAUUUGAUUUUAAAAUUUAAAACAGGAAAAUUCCAUUCUGCAUUUUUUUUAAGCCAAUGUACCUGUUUAUGAAUCUAUUUAAUACAUACCAUGUUACUCAAUGUUUUGAUUGUUUAAAAUACUGAUUUUGGUGUAAAUCAUUUGCAUAGACAUAGUGAACUAAUCAUUUAUAUAAUGCAAAUAAGAUAACUGUCACAGCGGCUGAUAGAGGUGAAAUUUAACACAAAACAAAAUUUCGAGUCAGUAACAUAGACACACUUUUCAUUUAACCGCUAUUGUUGACGUAAGACUAACCAAGCCAUGGCUUGAGCAUCAGUGAAAUUGAUUACAUAAAGCAGCAUAAUACAUACUAAACAUGAAACUAAUUUAAUUAAAGUUGUUAUUUACAAAAACACAGCUAAAAAAUAAAUGUCAAAUUUUUUGCCAUUAAGCAAAAUUUUUUUUUUUCUUUUUUUUUUUUUCUUGUCUCUUUCUUCUCCAAAUGAUAUUCAGUUUACUUAAUAUUCAAGAUAAUUUGUUGCAAUAAUCUAAUAAUCUAUCAUGGCCUCGGGAAGAAAAAACUAAUAUUUAUAUUCAUUAUUCACAUGAUUGCCGAAACUCUUAAAUGAUUAUCUUUGAUUCAUAAUUCAUAAUUCUUUAUUUGCAAAUUGUUAAAUAAAGAUCUUGAUAUAAAUGUUGGCAUACAAUUUGCUACAAAAUAGCAUGCAAAUUUAAAAAAUAAUCUUAUAACUAAAUUACAUUGUCUAUAAUACACUAUAAUUAUUGAAAUUUACUUAAUGACUAUGAUGUUAAAAUUAUUAAAUUAUUACUAUGUCCGUUAUACGUUAAUUAUUAUUGUUUGUCAGUUAAAUAGUCUUUGAUAGUGUAAUACCGUUUUUUUAACAAUAGUUCUUUGAUUUUAAUUUUAAAUAAAGCAACACUUAAAUUUCUAUCAGCUAAUUUUGCUGGUAAUUUGUUGUAAAUUAGAGGUGCCAUAUGAAAAAUGCUAUUGCCAUAUAAUGAAGUAUUAUGAUGAGUGAAGCAGAUUUUGUUUUUCCUCCGUGCUUUAUCUGAAUAUUUAAAUAGGUGUUUAUGUAAUUUGACAAAUACUAAAACCUCGUAAAUGUAUAAACAUGGACAGGUUAGAACUUUAAAUUUAUCAAAAUAUGGCUUGCGGGAAUCUGUGGGCUUUAAAUACUCUGUCUCGGUCAUAAGAAUUACCCCAGAAAAUAAUUCCAUAUCGUAUAGUAGCUGUUACGUAGGCAUUGUACGCUACAAUUACUGCUGACUGGUUAACUACCUUGGACAACAUAUAUAAUGCAUAUGAAAAUUGGCUUAGCUUUAAACAUAAAUUGUCUGUGUGUUCCUCCAAUUAAGACUGUCAUCAAUAUCGAGACCUAAAAAUUUAGUAUGUGUUGUUUCGGAAAUUUUUUUACCUAAAUAAUUAAUGUCUAAUUGUAAUUUAUUACGUCUAUUUGCAUAUGUCAUAAUUUUUGUUUUGUCAAGAUUAAUAAUUAAAUUGUUACAUGUCAACCAAUUAAUAAUAUGUCUUAAAGUAUAAUUUAUGUCAUCUUCUAAUGAAAUUUGUGGAUCACCAAUAAAAAUUACCGUACUAUCAUCAGCAAAUAAAACCAUCCUAUGAUCAGUUACUGUAGGAAAAUCGUUUAUAUAAGUUAUAAACAGUAGUGGGCCUAAUAUACUUCCCUGCGGCACCCCAGUUGUUACUGUUUUGGACUCUGACGUAUAAGCUGUCUCAAUUUUAUUAUUUUUAUCUAUUCUAGUUAUUUGAGUAAUUUGUUGCCUACCAGUUAAAUACGAAUUGAUUAGUGCCAAAGCAUUACCCCUUACCCCAUACACAUCCAAUUUAUCAAUUAAAGUUUUAUAGUCAAAUGAUUUCGUCAGGUCCAUAAAAAGCGCACAAACCGGUUUCCUUUUAUCAACACUUGUCAUUAUCCCCUCUAAAAAUGUAUAUAUGGCCAAAUUUAUAGAUUUAUUUUUCCUAAAACCAACUUGUUCUUCUGCGAAAACAUCAUAACGCUCAAAAUAGUCAUUCAGAUUAUUAAUUUCCAAUUAAUAAUCUAAAUUAUUAUUAUUUUCCAUUAUUUUUGAAAAAAUGGGAAUCAAUGAUAUCGGCCGAUAACAAUCCAUAUUUUCACUGUCCUCUUUUUUAAAGAGUGGUUUAACGAUAGAAACUUUUAAUUUUUCCGGAAAUAUACCAUUCUCAAUACACAAAUUUAUCAAGUAACUUAAUACUGGUGAUAUUAUAUCGGAAACAUAUUUAACUACUUUAGUAUUGAUUUCAUCAUACCCACAACUGUUAGUUUUUUCAAUGAUUGUAUAAUAUUUUUUAUUUGUGAAGGUGUACUAGGGUUCAUGAAAAUUGAGUUUGAUUUAUUCCAAGAAGUGUUAUUUUUAGUAUUAUUUAUUUUAACAGUUUUACGAUUAAGGAAGUUUUCAUUGAAUGCCUGUGCUAUCUCUUGAGGAUUUUGGAUUACUAUUCCAUCUCUUUUAAUCUUAUUUUUAUUAUUGUUAUUGCUGCGUUUUACUUUUAAAUUAUUUAUAAUAUUCCAAGUAGCCUUGGACUUAUUCUGUGAAGUUUUAAUUUUAUAAUCAUUUUGAGAUUUUUGAGUUAAUUGAAUAAUUUUCUUUAACCUUUUCCCAUAUAAUAUAAAAUUUUGUUUAUUCUUAUUAGUCGGUUUUUUCCUAUAUUGCCAUAUUGAUAUUUUAUAAUUGUGAUAUUUCCAAAUUAUCAAAACCGUUCGGCCAUUCUAAAUACUGAACUUUUAUAACACAGAUCCCACAAGUGGGGCAUAAAAAAAAUAUAUCAUUAAAUAUUAAAUUUAAAAAAAAUUAUGUUGUACAGGAUGGCUGUAGAUCAAACAGAAAUAAAACGGAAUAACUUUCGACAAAACAUUUGAAUUGCCUGUCGCUGCACUUUUUAUCUACACACUUAUCCGUCGCAAUGGAGUUUGUUAGCUUGCUCCAGCUUUUGGCAUCUUUUUCAUUGCUCUUUUGACCGAAGUAUGUCAUCACAGCUUCACCGCUGCGUUUGUGCGUCAGAACAGAUUGAAGUAUUUUUAAGAAAACUUUCCAGCAGCGUGGAAUCAUCGCUCGCUCCAACGCUUUCCUUAAACAGUAAAAAAAAAAUGUAUUAGCUAAUUUUAUUCGAUCACCACUUCUGAUAUGAAAAUUAUUUAUUUAUAUGUUUAACUAAUAAUGAUUUUUUAAACAAAUAAUAAUAUUGGAACAGAAUUAUAAUUUAUUGUCAUAAAUAACUAUUGUUACUUGUAAGAUCAGUUCGGCUAAGAUCGUCAGUCGGGUAAGUCCGUCAGUUUAGUAUUUUUAUACUGAGACAAUUUGAUUAGUUGAUAGGUGUUGUAGGUUAAUACAUACUUUAUCACGUAGUGUGAUAAACCUGAUAUAAAUCAUUUUAGAAAUGGCCAAUAAUAUCAUUGAAUGAAAAUUUAAAUAAGCUGUGCCGAUCUAAUUGACUAACUUUAUUAAGAUAAGUAUCCUUAAUUCAAUUUAAUUUUAUUAAAAUAAAUAUAUUGAAUGUUAUAUUAGUAAAACUUAUUUACUGAGUGUCAAGGUAUUUUAAAUAAAAUAAAAUAGAAUCGUGACCAAAUUAAUCAUUUAUUUCUUUAAUUGAACAGUAUUACUUUUAAUUUUAGUGACUCUACCGCCAGUUCGGAAAGUGCAGUCUCUUGUUGAGAAGAACGGCAAGAAACUCAACAAAUGCUCUUUUAAAGUAUUGGUUAAUUACAAUUACAAUAUAUAGGAUAAUAAUUAAUACCUUGAAAUAGAUAAUUCAAUUAAGUCUUAACUUCAAGACAAAUCAAAAUAACAUUAACCAUUAUUACAAUACAAAUAUACAACGACGUAAUUAGGUACUAUAUAAUGUCGUUGCAAAUAUACCUAAUUUCACAUUAGUAAUAUUCGGAUGUUAUAACUUAUCGUUACAACAAUACAACAUAAUAAAAUACAGUUUACAAUAAAGAUAUUAUAUAUAAAAUACUUAGCUUUCAUAAAACAGGCUCAGAAACACAGGAAGACACCAUAACAACAACAAUAAUUAAUAUUUUCUAUCACACCGGCCAAGACGCCAUUUCGUCAUCCAGCCUAAACAUCACAAUCCUUUUCCAAACGCCUAUUGGCUAAUAUUGCUUCUCCAUUUGUUUGCAAUAGACCAAUCACACGCCAUCUGCUCAAACUGACCACAGAUUUACUUGAUACCGCGUAUCCCGACGCUCCGUGUCUAUGCCAGUUAUUCCUCAUUACGUAGAAUCAUUCUUAGUAGUUCCUACCAGUGUUACCAUAUUCCAAUGACUUUUAUAAUGACAACUAUUACUUCUAUUUACUUUUUAAUUACAAUAAUGUCAGAUUUAUAUUCUAAGUUUUACUUUAAAUAAUAUAUGAAGAAUUAUCGAAACAGUAUAAUUAAGAAUAUAAAACACGGAAAUAAUAAUAAUAAAUGUAAAUGACUUAUUAUGUUCUACGUAAUGAUAUUUGAAUUUCAAUUUAAAUAGAACACGUGACGUCAUAUUUGAUCACCUAAACUUUGAAAUUCGUCAUGUAACAUAACUGUUUGUAUUUUCAUUUAAACUUUAUUAUUUAAUACAAAAAUACUAUCUAAAUAUUAAAUAAUAUUUAAUUAACGUAAUAAUUAUCUCAUAGGUCUAAUUUCACAAUGAAUCAUACACAUAUUAUCAAUCAGCUUAUCAGCUCAACUUUCAGCUAUAUUUAUUUUUCACUACUUUAUAAAAUAAUCUAUCACCCGCAUAUCAUGGGAGUGUCAUCAACAUACUUGCCAGACUACAGACCUACAUGUCUAUUUAAAUGUGCAAUAGAUUAACUUAAGAUUUUUUGUAAUACAUUUUUGUAAUAUACUCUGUAAUUACAGUAAUAGGUAACUGUAUAGCUAUACGCCAAGCGAUAUAUUUAUUAUGUUUCAGCUUUUAUCCUUAGCAUUUGUAAGUAGUGUAAGUUACUAUAAUCCAAUAUUAUAUGUAAAUAGUGUAUUCAAUAAAUGUGUCAAAUAUGUGUAAA